AUGGAUGUGUGCACAGUUAUACCUUGUGAGAAGAAACAUUUAACUGAAGAGCAGACUUCAAACUUGAUUAAGAGCACUGCGCGCCCUGCACCCGAACGACAACAAGAUAUUGACGAAUGGGUAGGCGUUUUUUGUGCCAAAUUUCGACUUUCUUAUAGAAGCCCGUGCGGGUUUGGGAGGCAAAAAACUUGUCAAAUAGGGCUGAAGAAUAAUGAGCUAUAAUGCCUGAGUGAGACCAGGGCAAAGAAAAGGCUAGUUCCGGCCCGUGUCCGUUCCAGUUUCCAGUGACAUUUGACACGAGAAACAGUUUUCAGAUAGUGGGCGAGGUAGAGGGCAGAUUGAGGUAUUUGAAAAGAUGCAUACAGGCUCUCCCCUUCUCUCCUCCCGCCGUUUUUCGCUCGUUCGCUUUUUUCGCUCGUCCUCACAGAGCCUGGCACAGGCUAGUGUAUCUCAGGUAUAUAAUAGAGGUGAUAACUUUUUUACCGGAAUAAACCUACAAAACCAAUUAUUUUAUGAUUUCAAUUUGUUUCAUUUUUACUUUAUUAGGUUUAUGAAAGGGCUAACUAAGUGAUGUAAGCAAAUUCAAAGGAAAGCUAAUAUUUUGAACUGAUUGAUGUUUACUGAAUGUUUCAUGUUUUUAGCAAAUUAAUACAAAGAUUUUUUUUUGCAAACCCACACAGGCUAAGAAGUACGUGGAAUUCAGCGCCGAGUACUUAGACAAGGAGUUCGGAAUCUCUGUACACUCUAAAAUGGUCAAAGUGGAAGGCCGUGUGUUACCAGCACCUCCUCUUUCUCUUGGGCCGCAAGAUGAAGUACUGACCCCUCAAAAGGGAGGAUGGGAUUUACGCGGCAAACAUUUGCACAGUGGAGCUCAGUUAAGUGUCUGGACCGUGGCGUGCUUUGCCUUGGAGCCUAAUCAGCACAGUGAUGGUUUGUUGAGGAAGUUUUUUAAGGCAUUGACCAACAUGUCGUGUCGGGAAGGAAUGAAAAUGACAGAACCAGUUGAUUGGGGAUACUUCAGAAGCAGACAUGAGGUAAAAUAGGUUUUUUGGAGGCAUUUCUUGAUACUGUUGAAAUCUCUUUUUAGUUAGGUUUUACGUUUGUGGUGACUGUUAUUUGGUGUCUUGAUAUUUGCAUCUAACCGUUAUUUUCAAGAAACGGAGAGACAUCUAAACGAUGUUGACUUCAGUGGUGUCUCCUGUCGCAGGAUAGUCCAGGUUUUUUUUUUGUGUGUCGUGUCCUACGCUCCUUACUGUAUUUUCCAACCUUACGAAAGCAUGCGCUCACGUUUGCUUUAACAAUUAUUUUCUCGCCCUUAUUUCACUCUUAGUGUACUUUUGUCGCCUUUAUACGCCUUUGUUUUGGUCUCCGUAGAGGCGUGGUGGCCGAGCGGUUAGCACCUCAACCUUAGGACCUGUAGGUCCCGAUCCACUGUCUUCCUUCACGUAGGAUGGAAAAGCACCCAAUCCAGGGGCGGUAGCAACAGUAAUACUCCUUACCUAGGUGCUUCUUGCUACUGAAACCGAGUUAUGUACAUGUGGGCCUCCUCAGCUCUUCCUUUUGGCUUGUGUGCGCCUUUAUCUUAUACCUCUUUCGGUUGCUAUUUCAUUCAUUUUCAUUUGUCUGUUUGCCGGUUUUAGGUAGACGGUUCAUUUCGUGAGUGGAAGAAGAAAUUUCCAAACUUACAGCUUGUCAUGGUUAUUGUUCCAAUGAAGAAUAAAGAAAUUUAUGCUGAAGUGAAACGAGUGGGUGACAACGUGAUUGGGAUUCCCACCCAAUGUGUCAGGAUCAAACAGGUUGAAGAAUGCAAACCGCAAGUCUGUGCCAACCUGUCGAUGAAGAUUAAUGCAAAACUAGGAGGAGUGAACCAUGUUAUUCAUCCUUCAGUCAAGUCACUUGUGUUCCAACAACCUGUUAUUAUAUUUGGCGCUGAUGUAACUCACCCCCCUCCUGCUAAAAAAGGCGCUGAUGCAACUCACCCCUCUCCCCCUGAAAAUGAAAUUCCAUCAAUCGCUGCUGUAGUGGCCAGUAUGGAUGUCAAUGCUGCGAAAUACCAUGCGCGAGUUCGAGCACAGAAAAACAAGAGGUCUGGAGGUGCACAGGAGAUUAUCAUUGAUCUCGCCGUCAUGGUGAAAGAGUUGCUUGUUGAUUUCUACAAAGAAACUAAAGGAAGGAAGCCUAAGCGUAUCAUAUUCUACAGAGACGGGGUAAGCGAAGGGCAGUUUGAUGAAGUGCUCGUUCAUGAAGUGCGCGCUGUGCAAGAGGCCUGCGAAAUGCUUGAUAAAGAAUAUCACCCACAAAUCACAUUCAUUGUUGUUCAGAAAAGACACCACACGAGGUUGUUUUGUGAAGACAAGCGAGAUGCAUCUGGGAAAGAGCAAAAUGUCCCACCAGGCACCACUGUGGAUAGAGGAAUCACCCAUCCCUAUGAGUUUGAUUUCUAUUUGUGCAGCCAUUACGGAAUUAAGGUAGGCUGUUAACUUAUCUUAAAGAUCACAUUUUGAAUGGACCUUUUUCACUUGUCUGUUUUGUUGUCACACUGUGUUUUCUUGUUAGGAAUGGAAAGUCGGCUUGUCAGAGUGAAUAUAUCAAAUUUCAAAAGAGAAUUUUCCCUUGAUUCCUAGCAAACGGUCUACAGACCUUUCCCGCACUCCGCUCCGGUGGCGGGGCACACAUGAUGUAACGAGGUCAAGGCUUGGGUGGGCAGUAUCAUGCAAACUCGUACCGCAUUUUGCUGUGAGUUGGUACCUUUUUCCAUGAGAAUGCGGGAAAGAUUUCAAUUAUUGACUAGAAAACCUCUUUGAAAGAAAAUAAAUCGCUUUUUUGUCUAUUUAAAUGAAUGCAAAGAAAUAUAAUCAUCGAAAUGAAAAUUAAUGUGAAAACUGAGCUUUUAACCUUCUGACCAGUCUGUUUUUGGAUAUGUUAGGUACCUUAACUCUGUAUCAUAGUAAGUUAAGCUUUGUGGUUUAAACUUCAUAGAUUAAUUAAUUAACUACUUUUAAUUAAUUAAAAACAGAAAAAACCUCUGUGUAAGUUGUCAGUUGGUGGUACUGUUUGUUGGUUUGUCUUUUCAUUUUUUACCAAAUAAUAGUUUUCUGUGAUUUUCAGUCUGGGAUUUUCGAAGUUCAUUAACUAAAAGCGUUCUUUUUCCUUGUCUUCUUCCCUGUGUCGUUUCAGGGGACAAGCCGACCAACACACUAUCACGUUUUAUACGACGAAAACGGUUUUAAGGCUGACGGGCUUCAAAAGCUCACAUAUCAACUGUGCCACGUUUACGCCCGAUGCCCGCGGAGUGUUUCCAUGCCAGCCCCCGCAUUUUAUGCCCAUUUGGUAGCCUUCCGUGCCAGAUACCACGUGACUUAUGGAAGGUGAGAGGCGUAAUAAUAACAACAGGAGGAAUUAAGCAAUAGAAAACGUUUUCCGUGUUUGCAUAGCCUGAUAUAAACACGACAGGGGUUGGGAGAAUUCGAGACCGUUCUGCAAACCCGAGACGAAGUCGAGGGUUUGCAUAACUGUCGAGAAUUCUCCCAACGCCUCGAGUGUUUAUAUCAGGCUAUGCAAACACAGGAAAAAAGUUUUCUAUUGCUUUUAUAAAAUAACUUUCCCGAGAAAAAAACGCAAAACUCUUUGUAUGGCACUGAUUAAAAUAGAAAUUCUUACCAGUCGCAAAAUCUUGUCCACGAAGUCUUGCACGCGUAAUCAGUUCUUGUUUUGCAAAAAAAUGCUUUGCAAAAUACGGAUUUUUCUCGCUUAAAACGGUCAGCUUAAGCGAAGAAAAAUGUACACACCUUCUUUGUAACGAUUUNAUCAGGCUAUGCAAACACAGGAAAAAAGUUUUCUAUUGCUUUUAUAAAAUAACUUUCCCGAGAAAAAAACGCAAAACUCUUUGUAUGGCACUGAUUAAAAUAGAAAUUCUUACCAGUCGCAAAAUCUUGUCCACGAAGUCUUGCACGCGUAAUCAGUUCUUGUUUUGCAAAAAAAUGCUUUGCAAAAUACGGAUUUUUCUCGCUUAAAACGGUCAGCUUAAGCGAAGAAAAAUGUACACACCUUCUUUGUAACGAUUUUCCAAGUUUCAUCCGACGAAGGAAUGGGUAAAUAAAGUAAACUUUUUGAGUUUUGAACUCGAAAACUUUUUCAAAUUUGUGCUUGCGUGAUUAGCGCGCGAAAAGCCAAACAACUUGACGCCACAACCAUGUUUAAAUACUCUCAUGCAAACACUCCUCUCGGCCAAUCAGAGCGCACGUACUAUCUUAGUUAUUUUAUAAAUGGUAAUAGCAUUUUAGCUGCCUAUUUGCACCCUACCUUACAUCGGAUCAACCGGUAAUUCUUGAAGCUGACACUUGAUAUAUUUUAAGAACUCUUGUCUUAAACGAUUACUGAGCACUUUUUCUGUUGUUUGUUCUCUACCUAGGGACGGUGAAGCUAUUGAUUUGGAGACGUCAGCGAAAGCCAUAGAAGUUAGCGACAAAAUGAAGCAGUCGAUGUACUUCGCUUGAGCAUCUAAACGACAGCAAAGCUACCCGAUUGUUGCUGAAUUUCUCUUAAAAUCGUUGCUUGUUCUCUCGUCAAGGGUAACCCCAGGACAUAAGGCUAAAGUUAAUGAGAAACUAGAAUCCCUGUUUUGGGGUUAGUUUUUACUUAGUAAAAAGCUAAGGUUAAAUUAAGGAGUACGGACGAGAUCAAGGCAAUAACGCUCUUGCUCCAACGGAGUAACAGAAGGUCAAAACGCGCGUGAUUAGAUUGCGUUCUGUAUAUUCCAUUUAUUCCUAGUGUCGAUCUUAGUGGAAGUCCAAACUACUAUUGCUGGCUACAUACGAGCAUUCUGGAGAUUAGGAUUGCGGGCCCCUGUAGUCGCCCGCAAAAAUGUUCAAUAUAGACACUCAAGCAACCUUGUUCCCAGGCUCUAUCUUCUUCCCGUGCCCUAAGAAGAGAGACACUCUGGAUGAAUGAGAAAUGCUUUUCAAACUUUGCUAUUCCCUUGCUGUCUAUCAAAAACAGUUCAAUUUGCAACAAAUUCCGUUUAACCCACACACUACUCGUCAAAGUUGACCUAUUCAUCUUCACUAUACUUUCGAAUUUCCAUGAGCCUAAAAAAAAAAAAAAUUAAGAAAUGUUGUUCGAGUUUAUGUGGAUCUUUAUCGGAAACGCUUUCAAAUUUGGAUAGAGUGCGACCUCGAGAUAGCCAAUAGCAGAGAUCCCUGAUGGAAAAAGAGAAGACAAGAAAAACAUUUCAGCCGUGUAGCAAGGGAUUUUGACACUAAGGGCCCGCUCAAUCUUUUGAUGAAAGAUAAUCUAUAAUAAACGGAUGUAAUGCUAAAUGUGCAUUCUCCUAAUACAAUAUCAUGGAAACAAAUAGCUGAAUAUUGAUUGACCAUAAAUGUUCGAGAAGUUCUUCGUUUUCAAAAACGUCGACAACUAGAUGAGGCCAAGAGCUA